AUCAUCAUGCAGGAUACAUUGUUGCAGCCCCAAUGAUGAACGUGUUCGAAUAAGAAGAGCCGCUGCAGGUACGGCGAGAUAUUAUUCGGUUUUAAACAUAUCCCCACAAACCCCGUUUCCCCAAGAAUGUCGGGCGGGGAUCUUCGCGCUCUUGGCCAAGAGCCCGGGCAGGAGAGCCCGAGGAUGCCGGCCUGGAAACGCGAGAUCCUUGAGCGGAGGAAGGCGAAGGGCGGCGGGUCCGGGGCAGGUGCCGAGUCCCUCGCAUCUCGACUUAACGGCGAGGUAGCGGCCAGCAAAAGCAAUGAUGAUGUUUCCAGCGCACAUUCCGGCAGGAACUGCACCAUUACGCCCGCCAGCCAGCAUUCUGGUGGCAAGCGCGCAACCAAAAGCCCGGAUCUGUCACCGGUGAAAACAAAAGAGUACUGGCCGUCCGCAGAGCCGAGCGACUUGGAGGAGAGAACGGUGAGAGACAACGGAGCGCAGGAGAGUCUGGUGCUGCAAGAGAGCUUGGGUCCGCUGCACGACAACCCGUUCAUUAAGUUUGAGAAAGAACGCAAGAAGCGCCAGAACCGAGAGAACGCUCCUCGUCCCGUUCAGCACAUCCUGGAGUUGUACGGGAGCGUUCCCGGGAUACGGACAAUUCGCGCUGACAACAUCAUCAUUAUUGAAUCCGACCCGGAUUACUUUCCGGAAGGAUGUGGUUUGAAGCAUGCAUCGAAUCUGCAGCAGAACGGCACGGUGAGCGGAUACAGCUCUCUCAGUGACCUCUUAGACCGGAGAGGUAGUCCGGUUACCGAGAUACGGGCAAAGGAAGUGGUUAUUUAUGACACUGGGCUCAGCAAAAGCGAAGAGAACCUCAGCACGUUGGGACGGCCGGAUUCCGCACCAGUCGAGGGGCAAGGCAGGGUGAGUCGCAUGCUCCAGAAAUUUGACAGGAAUUACGGUAAGUUGCAACCCAAGUCACGCAGCACGGAAAACCUCCUGGACUUGGAUUCUAGUCCUAUCAGGCCAAGCUCCCGACCCAAACCUCAGCCAGAUAUGGUGCCAAAAGUUGGAUCUCCAAUCCGUAUAUCACACAGCAACGUCUUCCAAGACAACCAGUCUUCCAAUCAUCACGCCUCUCCUAGUGACUCGGGGAGCAGUACACCUGCGUCCGGGUCCCCUCAAUUAGUGUCUUCUGCACGUAGGCGUUUUGAGGGUAGUGGGGAACGAGGUGUGACCGUGCGUCCCAAGGAGGACACGGAGACGUCACUGUACAAGCUUGUUAGGGAAAAAGACUGGGACAGCACAGAUGGGGCCUCCAAAGCCAUGGUGCCAUGCUCUCUGGAGAGCCACAGCCCCACGUCACCACCCUUAUCGCCCAGUUUUGAGAUCCGUCCCUCCCCUCGUCCGGAUCUUUCCCUCCUUCCGGCUGGCGACAUACAGGCCCGUGCCCUCGCCAACCUGCGCCUCCAGUCUCGCAAUUCCUUCACCAUCAUUCCCAAGAGUCGUAUGGCCAUCUCAUCUCCUGGCAGCACGGCGCCCUCCAGCCCGGUCCUUUCGCCCCCAUCGCCACGAUCGCCAGUGGGUUUGGCAGCUCCAGAGCCUGCAGUGCCAACUCCCUCACCCGCUCCAUUAUCACCCCCCACACCGAAACUUACAGAAAAGGUGACUGUAGCAGCCAAAACGGAGUCUUCGCAGCUCACGCCCAGCUCACCCAUCCCAGCUUCACCCCGCUCAACUGGGUCGCCCACCAAAUCGGUCCUACCUCCAGAGGGACCUCCGGUUGACAAGCUGCCCAUCACUAACAUCGAUGACGUAGUGGUGGAGGCCACAUCGCCCAUCCCAAGCCCUGCAGUGCAGAGCCGCAAAGGGAAUACAUUUACAGUCGUUCCGAAACGGAGGCCUGAGGCCCCAUCUGGCCCCGUCGAGUCCCAGGAGCCUGUCUCGGACUCUCAGAGCACCCAACCUGCUUCACAGGCCCCCUUCGCCCAACUGGGCACCCUGCUUAAAAAGCGCUACCCUGCUGCAGAGGAGAUCGAGGUCAUUGGGGGUUACCUCUCACUUGGGCGAUCCUGCCUCUCCAAGACUGGUUCAACAGGAAAAAAGCUGAAAAUAUCAUUCAACGAGUCAAGCCUGCAGAGCACUUUCGAAUACCCAUCCGAGAGCAGUGUGUGGGACAGUGGAGAGGAGGAGGAAGGAGAGGAGAAAGGAGGAGAAGAUGAUGGAGGCAUCAGUGGGAGGAUAAGCAUUCCCCGCCCCAGCUACACCAGUUUAUCCACUCAGUCCAACAACAGUACGGAUCUGUCCAAUUACACACCCAAACACUCAGUGGAGUUUAAUGCCUGGCAAGAACACAAACUUGAUGACGCUGCUGUCCGAGGGGAAGAUAACUCACAGUGUACAGAGGAGGUCAUGCUGACACCUGCUGAUAGCUCCUCUCUGUCAGACUUCAGCAGUGAACCAGCCCUCUACUUCUAAAUCUUUCAGACGUCUGGAAGAUCCGGGACCAACCACUGCCUGUCCACACGCACCAGCCUAAAUACAAACAAACACGACUUCCAGAACAAUGGGACCAGUAGCAACCAGCACGUCAACAUCAACAACCAUUGCGUAUUCCACGUUCACACGCCAUCAACAUUCACAGCAGGACUGUUGUCAUCAUUGAUAUACACAGUGGAUUUAUCAUUCACUCAUUUGACCUCCAGUUGCCAUGGACUGUGAUUGUGAUAGACUAUGUUAACAUGGAAAAUGGCUUGAACAGCCAUUCCAUCUAGGUAUUCCACACUCUCGGUCACUGUCUUGCGCUAUGUAUGUAAUCCUCACCUUAUGAAAGUGACCAAAUUCCGAAAAGGCAUAGAUGACUUUGACUGUCCUUAAAAUGGAGAAACUUAAUGGGAAUCUACAAAGAGGACAAUAUAUGGGUAAAGCAACAAAAAAUGAAAGCAAAAAAAGUGAUGUUUGUAUGUAUGAUUGGUGAAAGGGUGCCACAAUCCUCGUUCGUUGUGAUGUUUUUGUAUGUGCAUGUGUAGGUCUUUAUUGACAAGGCUUCCGAACUGUAUAAUUCCUUCACCUUUUGUUUCGUGUGUUUCUAUUGUAUGUCUGUAUUUCGUUUAAGAUGGUAGACGUUUCUGAUGCACAACAGCACCCUCUAUAACAUAUACAGCUGAAACACUGUAUUCUAGCAACAUGAUCAAUUUUUAGAAACCGCUCUUAAUUGGUGAAUUGGUAAGCACAUUCAUUUUGCAUUGGUUUUCAUGGUAAUAGAACUUGAUUGAUCACUUAAACUAAAAUGUGAUCAAAUUUGGUUAUUAUCUGGAUCACCGAAAUGCAACUACAAACAUGCAGUGUCAAGAGUUAUGCAGUGAAUCUCUCAAAAAACAUGUCCAGAUCAUAUUUCACCCCAAAAUCAAUAGAAAAACGAAUCUGAAAUUAUAUUGAACAUUAUUUGCAUGACAACCCAUUUUCCUCCCAAAUUGGAAUUACUGUAAUGCAGCAAAAAAUGCAUUCUCAUUACCCGUGUUAAAAAAAAAUGGUCAGUCGUUGAGUAUAUGUUUAUCAUGGUAGUAUUAUUUUUGACUGCUUUUUUGCAGAUUUAAUACAUUAAAAAUGACUGUAUUAUAGUAAUGAGACUAUAAUGAUAAUCACCAUUGAGAAAAUGGAGAUUCAAAAUAUUCUAAAUUCCAAAACAAAAAGAACAAAUUUUGAAAUGAUAAUUUGCAUAUAGAAAAUGAAAUGUGACAUUUAAUGACAAUUAAGAAUAUUCUUAUUACCGUAAUGAAUCCAAAUGUUUAGUAAUUUCCAUUAUUCGGGUCUCAAUUUUUACUGCAUUAAACAAAUUACUGCCAUACAAAAUUUUGAUUUAAAUCAGCAUGAAGACAGUACGAGAAAUACUACCAUGUAUCAUGGCAAAAAAACAAAAAACAAAAAAAAAAUACAAAAUGUGUUGGGUUUCAGGCUUUGGGCUUGAAGUAAAAUAUAAUUUCUUAUAUUGUGGUGUUACCAACCAACUAAUGCAUUAGUUUGUCAGUAAUCGUGCUUUAGUUUAUAACCGUGUUUUGAACUUGUCAUCCUUGCGAUGUACGAAAUGGAGCACUCAGUGUGUCAUGAAGGGAACAUUAUUUAGUGGGUUUGUGAGUGUGCACGCUGUAUGCAUGGGCCGUGUGUGUGUGCAAAACAGAGAUUGACUACAUACACGCAAUGCCAACUGACUCGAGUGUGUCAUAUCCGUAAACUGACUACAGCAUAUCUGAUCACUCGUCUAUUAAGCCUCUCCGACCAGUAUUGAUGUAUAGUUUGUACACUCCGGGAUGAAGUUUUCAUAAUUUAUUUCAUGCAUCUUGUAUCAGUUUUUAAUAUUUUUUUGUCCAUUUUAGUCCGGGAUUAUUUUUUGGAUUCUUUAAUAUGUACAAAGUUACUUUUGGUUUGUUUGGACAACUUGCAUCUCAGUCCAUGCGUCUGUUUUUGCUUUAUUUUGCACCUUUUGCCAUCAUGCUUGAAACCUUGCACUUCAGUUCUCUCUGGGUUGGAAUAAUGCUUUUUAGGAAUCUAAAACUUUUCUGUCCUCACAACUUUUCAGCUUUUAUGACUUGCAUAUUGUGAUUUUAACACAAACCAAAAGCUGUCUAUUGAGAUAUACGAAGUGCAGACCAGAACUGCCCAUUAAUAUUUUCCAUUUCUUUAAAUGUUUUUCUUCGAUUAACGAUGCAAAUUUUAUUUAAAGAUGAAGUGUGUCAUUUCUGUGCCACUAAACAUCACCAAAUGGAAUUGCAAACAGAUUUCCUGAACACUCCUGCCUGCCAUUGGUUAAAUAAACCGUUAGUCCCGCCCCAAAAUCAUGCCAUUGGUUGAGCUGGUUAACAGUACCGUUUUGAUAAAGCUGUGGCUGUUUACACUUUUUGGGGAAAUUAUCGAACGUAUUGGGGAAAUGGCUUACGUAUAGUUGAUUCUGCAUAUUAAGCUGGGAUGAAGCAAGUAUCAAAAAACAAAAAGAAUGAUACGCCCACCUUUAAGAGAGGGACUUUAAAUAAGGCUAUUUCACCAAGUGUUCCACCAAAUCUUACAUGAUUCUAGUAACACAGUUUACUGUAUGUCACUUUAGUACUCGGCUUACCAACUCAGUCUACAUCUACAAUAUCCUAAGCAAACAUGAAAUAUUCUUGAGGGAUGUAAAUUAUAAGCUUAGAGGGUUGGGAACUAUUGCUUUUGUGUCUUAAGUAAUGCGACUUCAGGUGCUUCAUUAGUUCCUGUAACUCCAGCCAACCCUCAAGCUGCUCAUUGCUCUGGUGUAAGUUAUUAUACUGUAUGUCAAAACGUUCUGUUUUCUGCAUCAAGAGAAUAUUAAAUGUACAAUUUGUUUGAUGGAUUCUUCAAAAUCAAUAUCAGAAACAAAUACAAGGAAAUGUUCAAUAAACAGAUGAAGGCUAAAGGAUGUUCAUAUUUGAUCUCGAGUAUCCUUUAUGAAAAAAGAAAUCAUACAUAGCCCAAAAAUAAAUUCAAUCAAUUCAGUUAUCUUUAUUAAAACAUUUCAUUUAAAUAAAAGUAUCAUUUUAAACACCAAUUCAUAUCAAAACAUUACAAAUCUGUACACUUUACAUACAGGGUUUUCUGACAGGAAUGAAAAGUUAACUUCUGAUGUUGAUGUGUGGUGAUUACAAAGCGGAACACUACAGGUAAAAGGGGGAAAAGUGAGAAAAUAGAUGAACAGCGUACAGAUAAAUUGAACGAGAACAUUCAGCAUUAUUCAAUGAUCUUUGUUACUUCUUGGUUCAGUGGCUUUGGUCAGAUU